AUGCGCACAACAGAAAAUAUGCCCGGCUGUGGCGCCGCGCCUGGAGAUGCUGCGACCGGUCGUGCUUUGGCGCCUAAGCCCGAGGCUUGGGGGCCCGGCGGUCUCUGCCGGGAGCUGUGGUCGCAGGGCGGUAGCGUCCAGUGUCCCUCCUUCGGGCAGCACCUCGCCCAGAGCCCUAAACAUCUUCGACAGGGAAUUGAAGAGGAAGCAGAAAAAUUGGGCAGCCCGGCAGCCUGAGCCUAGGAAAUUUGACUACCUGAAGGAGGAGGUUGGAAGUCGGAUUGCAGACCGUGUGUAUGACAUAGCCAGAGAUUUCCCUCUUGCGCUGGAUGUGGGAUGUGGAAGAGGCUACAUAGCACAACAUUUGAAUAAGGAGACCGUGGGAAAGAUUUUUCAAACAGACAUUGCAGAACAUGCUUUGAAAAAUUCCUUAGAAACAGAUAUUCCUACUGUGAAUAUUUUAGCUGAUGAAGAAUUCCUUCCCUUCCAAGAAAACACAUUUGACCUGGUGGUUAGCAGCUUAAGUUUGCACUGGGUGAAUGACCUUCCUAGAGCACUUGAACAGAUUCAUUAUGUCUUAAAACCAGAUGGGGUGUUUGUUGGUGCGAUGUUUGGAGGUGACACGCUCUAUGAACUUCGGUGUUCGUUACAGUUAGCAGAAACAGAAAGGGAAGGAGGAUUUUCCCCACACAUUUCUCCUUUCACUGCUGUCAGUGACCUAGGACAUCUGCUUGGGAGAGCUGGCUUCAAUACUCUGACCGUGGAUACUGAUGAAAUUCAAGUUAACUAUCCUGGAAUGUUUGAAUUGAUGGAAGAUUUAAAAGGUAUGGGUGAGAGCAACUGUUCUUGGAACAGAAAAGCUCUGCUGCACCGAGACACGAUGCUGGCAGCUGCAGCGGUUUACAGAGAAAUGUACAGAAAUGAAGAUGGUUCCAUACCUGCCACAUACCAGAUCUAUCACAUGAUAGGAUGGAAAUAUCAUGACUCUCAGGCAAGGCCAGCUGAAAGAGGUUCUGCAACUGUGUCAUUUGGAGAGCUAGCAAAACUAAAUGAUGUCAUGUCACAAGGAAAAAAACAAUAAAUAUUAUUUUAUUCAAUUGUAAUGAAUUCCAGAAUUUUCAUCAGAAAUGAGUAACUUUCACAUCUAAAUUAUUACAGUUUGAAGCAAGAAGCAACAUAUUAAGCUAUUUGCUAGCAAUCUAAUACUAAUCCAGGCUCAGUAACUGUUCCAGGUUCUCAUUGGUUCUAUUUAUGUAAGGAUACUGUUACCUAGUGAUUUGGGCAUCUUUGCAGAUUUAGCCUGAAAACAAAGGAAAUGUUUUCCUUGGGGGUGGGAGGAAGAACCAAAUAUGUGUGCAUGUGUAGAUGUAUGAUUUGGUAGGAAAACAUUGCUCACACUAGUGUUCUGUA